AUGAUAUCUGGAGAAAAUGAGGAUUUAGAUGUGAAUACAGCAGCUUCAACUACUCUUAAUAUUGAUUCUAAAGUUGAAAAUGAAUCAAUUCAGCCUCAACAACCAAAGCAGCCUCAACAAAAUUUGUCAAAACUUGAAGCGCUCUCUAAGGAUGAUUUGAUUAAAUUGGUUAAGAAGCAGUUAUUAAAUCAGAAGGAGCUUAAAAAACAAUUGGAAGCCAGUAAAAACGAGAAUGAAGCUAAUGCAAAUCAAGUGAAAGAAUUGUCUUCAAAAAUUGCCAUUUUUGAAGGCAAACAUGAUGGAACUUCAAUGCUUAUUGUUGAAUUGGAAGAUUAUAAGAAUGCUAGUGUUAAAAUGAAGAAAGAUUUACAGGACUGCAAAGAAAAAUUGGCUGAAAAGGAGGCUCUGAUUGAGGAACUUUCACAACAUAUUGCUACUUUACAAGAAGAAAAGGCUGAAACAAAUGAACAACUUCGUCAAAAAGGCAUCGAAUCAACAGAAUUAAAACAAUCAAUUGACGAAAAAUCCAAUUUAAUUGCUGAAAAUUCAAAAGAAAUUUCUUCAUUAUUAGUCCAAUUAAAUGAUUCUAGACAACAAAUGCAACAAGAAAUUAAUUUUUUAAAUGAAUCUUUAUUAACAAAUUCUGCUGAAUUAAAAAAUGAACAGCGAGCAAGUUCUGCUAGAUUUGCCGAAGUAAAAAGAUUAAAAUGUGAGAAUGAUACUUUGGUAGCGAAAAUUAAAUGUUUAGAGGAAGAAUUUAAAAAUUAUAAGGAGCGUGCUGAAUUUGUAUUCAAAUCUUCGAAGGUUUCUGAUGUUCCUGCCAAUGGUUCAACUCUAUCUCAAGCAGUAGAUAACUCUGGUGCAGACAAUGUGUCUGUUGACGGGGAGAUUGAUCAAUUACUUGAAUUGCUUAAACAACGAAAUGUCUUGAUUUCACAAUUAAGGACGAAAUGUUCAUUUUUGGAAGAAGAGGUCAAAAAUAGUCAAGAAUAUUCCAAAACAUUGUUAGAAGAAUUAAAUGCUCUGCAUGAUUCAAUUUCACAAAUUCGUCGUCAAUCACAAUCAGAACGCCAGAGGACUAUUGGGGAAUUUGAACAAAAAUUAAAGAAAGAAGAAAUGCUUCGAAUCACUUUAGAAAAUGAUUUAAAAUUAAUUACUGGAAGGGAAAUUGCUGCAAUUAAAAAUCUAAAAGAAUUGAAGAUUGAAUGCGAACGUUUGGAAAGUGAAUUAGAAGAGGCGAAAAGAAAGGUUUUUUUAAUUUUGUAUUUUGUUUGA